AUGACGGGCACUACCGCCCACACGCCCCUGGUCGACCUACGCUUCCACAAUGACCUCACCAUCGACCCCGCUCACGCGCCCAACGACAUCUCCAUGCUCGAUUUCACCAUAUUCCUGCACGAGGCGUACGCGCUCCCACAAGAGCUUGUCGUCAGCCUUCGGGCACACCCAGAGCUGCAACUGCGGCUCCUGUUGGUGGCGCGAAAUGGCACGCGACGGUUCACCAACGUGCCACAGAUCGUGCGGACGACGAAGGCGAUGGGCUUUGAGGUGGUGCUCGAUGACACGGACUUUGAGAACAUGGCCGGGUUCGCAGAGGUGGUGAACUGGUGUAACGUGAUCAUGGGAGUGCAUGGCGCCGGGCUCACCAACUUGGUGUUCCUGCCGAUGAAUGUGGUGGCGAUACAGAUUGCGUCAUGCUACGACUUGGAGGAGGUGGCGGAGCACACGUACGAGCCGUCGACGAGGGAUUCAGGGAUGCUCUACUUGCAGUAUGGCAUCAGCGUGGACGAGAGCACGUUGUUAGAGUCGUAUCUGAGAGAUCACCCGAUGUUCAUAGACCCGCAAUCGAUCCACCAUCAAGGCUGGUUUAAAAUGGGAAAGAUCUACCUAAAGCAGUAG